UUGGACCUGUUGCAGUUUCCUUGGCUACCUGGKCCGCUUGAGUCCAGCCAUCAUGCCUCUCCGUGCCCUGUGCACUAUCUGCUCAGACUUCUUCGACCACUCCCGCGACGUGGCGGCCAUCCACUGUGGACACACCUUCCACCUUCAGUGCCUAAUUCAGUGGUUUGAGACAGCACCAAAUCGGACUUGCCCACAAUGCCGAAUCCAGGUUGGCAAAAGAACCAUUAUCAAUAAGCUCUUCUUUGACCUUGCCCAGGAGGAGGAGAGUGUCUUGGAUGCAGAAUUCUUAAAGAAUGAACUGGACAAUAUCAGAGCCCAGCUUUCCCAGAAAGAAAAAGAGAAACGGGACAGCCAGGUUAUUAUCGACACUCUGCGAGACACUCUGGAAGAGCGCAACACCACUGUGGAAUCUCUGCAAAAGGCCUUAGGCAAGGCUGAGAUGCUAUGCUCUACACUCAAAAAGCAGAUGAAGUUCUUGGAGCAGCAACAAGAUGAGACUAAACAAGCACGGGAGGAAGCCCGCCGACUCAGGAGCAAGAUGAAGACCAUGGAGCAGAUUGAGAUCCUACUCCAGAGUCAGCGGCCUGAGGUGGAGGAAAUGAUUCGMGACAUGGGUGUGGGACAAUCAGCGGUGGAGCAACUGGCUGUGUAUUGUGUGUCUCUCAAGAAAGAGUAUGAGAAUCUAAAAGAAGCUCGGAAGGCCUCGGGGGAGUUGGCUGACAAGCUGAGGAAGGACUUGGUCUCCUCCAAAAGCAAGUUGCAGACAGUCUACUCUGAAUUGGAUCAGGCCAAGUUGGAGCUGAGAGCAGCCCAAAAGGACUUACAGAAUGCUGAAAAGGAAAUCAMGAGCCUGAAAAAGAAGCUAAUGAUGUUGCAGGAAACCUUGAACCUGCCACCAGUGGCCAGUGAGACUGUCAACCGUCUGGUUUUAGAGAGCCCAGCUCCUGUGGAGAUGCUAAACCUGAAGCUCCGCCGGCCAUCAUUCGGUGAUGAUGUUGACCUCGAUGCUUCCUUCAAUGUGGAUACCCCCCAAACCCAGCCCUCCAACUCCCAGCAUGGCCACUCCAAAAGGCUAUGCCUUGAGAAGGCACACUCUCCUGUUCAGGACAUUCUCAAGAAGAUGCCCAGAGUUCCCAAGCAGAAGUCUCAGCUCUCUUUGGGUGGCCAGCACUGUGCAAGAGAGCCAGAUGAGGACCUGGCUGGUGCCUUCCCUGUCUUUAUCCGGAAUGCUGUUCUAGGCCAGAAACAGCCAAAGAGGGCCAUAGCAGAGUCCUGUCGCAGCACAGACGUGGUAAGAACAGGUUUUGAUGGCCUUGGAGGCCGGACAAAAUUCAUACAGCCUACUAACACAGCCAUGAUUCGCCCACUGCCUGUUAAGCCCAAGACGAAGGCUAAGCAGAGAGUGAGGGUGAGGACUAUAAACCCUUCCUCCCAGGCCAAGUUGGAUACCUUCCUGUGGCAAUGAGAACAGUGAAUCUGAGGAGUGGCCAGACAUGCCUUCAACUAGAAGAUUGGCCAGCAGUGUUUAGAGGGAUGGCCCCUCUUCCAGGACAAGCCCUGGGCAGAAAGCAGAUGAAUGGUAGAGUGACAGAGAUUGUGCACUUCCUUUGUCCAUCUUGCCCUGUUCUGUCAUGUAGAGCUGACACUACCAGCUUACCGUUUCCAUCAGCAAGUGCCUGCUCCUGGUUGCAGCCUCUUGUUUAGAGCCACAAUCUAAUGUGGCCAGGUUCUUUCUGGUCCUGGAAACCAGGAUCACUUGUUGACUGUAUGCAUAAAAGUGCUUGAGAUUUUCUCAGCCUGAGUCUGAGCUUCUGCCUGCCUCCCUCACUGCUGGGCAUGGCCUGAUCCCGACAUGGCCUGGUCCAAGCACGGUGGGGGGUAGGGAAUGGGGAAUGAUGGAGUGGGGAGGA